AUGAAGGAUUCAAAUUCAAAGAAAGAGGGUUCAGUUUCAAAAUCAAUGACCGUAGAAGACCGAUACAGUCAAUGGAAGUCUCUCGUCCCCGUCCUCUACGACUGGCUUGCCAACCACAACCUCGUCUGGCCUUCGCAAUCCUGCCGUUGGGGUUCUCUCGUCGAUCGUGCAACCUACAAGAAUCGCCACCGUUUGUAUCUAUCGGAGCAGACUGACGGAACUGUUCCGAAUACCCUGGUUAUCGCUAAUUGUGAAAUUGUUAAACCUAGGGUUGCUGCUGCCGAACAUAUUUCGCAGUUUAACGAAGAGGCGAGGUCGCCGUUUGUUAAGAAGCAUAAGACUAUUGUUCAUCCUGGCGAGGUUAAUAGAAUUAGGGAAUUUCCGCUGGAUAUGAAUAUUAUUGCGACUCAUACUGAUAGUCCUCAUGUACUGAUUUGGAACGUUGAAACUCAGCCUAAUCGGAAUGCUGUUUUGGGGGCUCCUACUUCUGUUCCAGACUUGGUAUUAACUGGGCACAAAGACAAUGCUGAAUUUGCACUGGCCAUGUGUUCAACUGAGCCCUUUGUUCUUUCUGGAGGUAGGGACAAACAUGUGGUGUUAUGGAGUAUUCAUGACCACAUUGCAACUUUAGCUACAGAAGCAGGACCUGAUGCUAAACAGGGAUCUAAUGUUGGGGGAAGUGGUGAGAAAACUGCAGAAAGUCCUUCUGUUGGACCAAGGGGCAUCUACCGAGGCCAUAAAGACACUGUUGAAGAUGUGCAAUUUUGCCCGUCAAGUGCACAAGAGUUCUGCAGUGUAGGUGAUGAUUCUUGUCUCAUACUCUGGGACGCUCGUGUUGGAACUACUCCAGCUGUUAAGGUUGAGAAGGCACAUGAUGGAGAUGUGCACUGUGUUGAUUGGAAUACUCAUGACAUAAAUUUAAUUCUGACUGGUUCUGCUGACAAUUCAGUUCGCAUGUUUGAUCGCCGGAAGCUAAGUGGUCACAGGGUUGGGUCUCCUAUUUAUAAAUUUGAAGGCCAUGAUGCACCAGUCCUUUGUGUACAGUGGUGUCCUGCUAAAUCAUCUGUAUUUGGAAGUGGUGCUGAAGAUGGCAUUGUAAACAUCUGGGACCAUGACAAGAUUGGUAAAACAUCUGCUGAUCCAACUGUAUCACAGGCUUCCCCUGGUUUGUUCUUUCGUCAUGCUGGUCACAGAGAUAAGGUUGUGGACUUUCAUUGGAAUGCAGCUGAUCCAUGGACAAUUGUUAGUGUCUCGGAUGACUGUGCUAGCACUGGGGGAGGUGGCACCCUACAGAUUUGGCGGAUGAUGGAUCUUAUUUAUCGGCCAGAGGAGGAAGUGAUGGCUGAGCUGGAUUCGUUCAAGACUCAUAUCUUAGGAUGUGGCACUGAAAAUCUGAACAAAUAA